AUCAUCAAAAAUACUUCAUCCCUUCAGCUUUUUCCCACUUCGGUUUCCUCUCUCAUUUUCCUAGUAACACUCAAAAAUGUCCAUGGAAACCAACUCUCUGUUCAUUCCCCCUGCUGGGUUUUCAUCAGUUCUGAGCCUCGAGCUCUUUCUCUGUCUCUUCGUCUUCGUCUUCAUUUUCUCUUUCUGGCUCUCACCCGGUGGCCUGGCUUGGGCUCUGUCCAAGCCUAAGCCCCGGUCGGCCAUCCCCGGCCCUUCCGGGCUCCCUCUUCUCGGCUUGGUCCUGGCCUUCACUGGCUCUCUUACUCAUAGAGUCCUAGCCAAGCUUGCCGAGAGCUCAAGGGCAAAAUCUUUAAUGGCGUUUUCUGUCGGGUUCACUCCCUUUGUCAUCUCCAGCCAACCAGACACGGCCAAAGAGCUUCUUAAUAGCUCGGCUUUCGCUGACCGACCUAUCAAAGAGUCGGCGUACGAGCUCUUGUUCCACAAAGCAAUGGGUUUUGCGCCAUUCGGGGAGUACUGGAGAGGCUUGAGGAGAAUCUCUUCCACCCACUUGUUCAGCCCGAAGAGGAUCACAUAUUUCGGAGGGUUUAGGGAGGAAAUCGGCCGAAAAAUGGUGGAGGAAAUGAGGGUUUUGAUGUUGAAGAACGAUGAGGUUGAGGUUCGGAAGGUGUUGCACUUUGGUUCCUUAAACAAUGUGAUGAUGAGUGUGUUUGGGAGGAGCUAUGAGUUUGGAGAAGUGGGUGAGGGUCGUGUUCUUGAGGAGUUGGUGAGUGAAGGGUAUGAGUUGCUAGGGCUUUUCAAUUGGAGUGACCACUUUCCUCUUUUCAGUUUGUUGGACUUGCAAGGUGUGAGGAAGAGGUGCACGAAAUUGGUGGGAAAAGUGAAUGACUUUGUUGGGAGAAUCAUAAAGGAACAUAGGGUGAAGAGGACUGAAAGUAAUGGAGUUUUGGGUGGUGCUUCUGAAAGUACCGGGGAUUUUGUUGAUGUGCUUCUUGAUUUGGAGAAGGAGAACAGACUCAGUGACUCUGAUAUGAUUGCAGUUCUGUGGGAGAUGAUCUUCAGAGGAACUGACACAGUGGCAAUCCUACUGGAAUGGAUUCUUGCCCGGAUGGUUCUCCACCCAGAAAUCCAAGCCAAAGCUCAAUCGGAGAUCGACACCGCCAUCGGCAGCCCUACUCGAUCAGUAACUGAUUCCGACCUUCCCAAUCUCCCUUACCUCCGUGCCAUAGUCAAAGAAACCCUAAGAAUGCACCCACCAGGACCACUCCUCUCAUGGGCUAGGCUCGCCAUCCACGACACCCACAUCGGCCACCACUUCGUUCCAGCCGGCACCACCGCCAUGGUCAACAUGUUCGCCAUCACACACGACGAGGGCGUGUGGCCUCGGGCCAAUGAGUUCAAACCAGAAAGGUUUAUGAAUGAAGACGAUAGUGUUUCCAUAAUGGGGUCUGAUCUGAGGUUGGCUCCUUUUGGAUCUGGAAGAAGAGUGUGUCCUGGUAAAGCCUUGGGGUUGGCCUCAGUGGAGCUCUGGCUUGCUGUGCUGCUGCAAAGCUUCGAGUGGCUCCCAUCUGAUGAUGGCGUGGACUUGUCUGAGAACCUGAAACUUUCUUUGGAGAUGAAGAACUCUCUGGUCUGCAAGGCUGUUCCUAGGGUUGUGGUGGUCUGAUUGAAUUGUUAAUGAAGUUGCUGCUUUGUGAGAUCUGGUAUGCUGCAGCUGGAAGUUUGAAGUUUUUUUUUUCCCUAUUUCUAUUUUCUUAAGCUUUUGGUAAUUUGAAAAAUGUACCUGUUUGGUUUUGGGAUUGUUCUAUAUCUUUGUAGGGCAUACGUUGUGGUAACAGUUUGUGUGUACUGGCUAGAAUGUUAAUUACUUGUAGACAUGAAGCUUUUAUCAUCGAUCAUAUAUCAAUAUGCAAUGCCAGUUUGUG